AAACAUCUUUUCAGCAAUCGCAUUUCAUCAUACUUCCCUAAAAAUACUUCGAGACCAGCCUAAUUAAAACCGCCAGGUCCUCACCGUGAAGGAAUUUUCCAAGUGCGACUUUCCCUUUACUCCCAACUCACACUCACUCACGUUCGAGAGAGAGAGAGAGAGAGAGAGAGGUGUGAGGUGAAUUGGAAGGGAGUCAGCGAAAAACAAUGAUUCGGGGAGUGAUAAUAAUGAACGAUCAAGGCAAGCCUCGCCUCAUCAGAUUCUACGAAUUUCAGCCUGUGGAGAAGCAGCAGGAGCUGGUUCGAAGCAUUUACAAAAUUUUAUGCAGUAGAGCUGAGAAUGUCAGUAAUUUUGUUAAAGUGGAUUCGCUCUUUGGGCCGGAUGUACGGCUUGUGUACAAAACUUUUGCAACAUUGUACUUUGUUUUCAUAUUCGAUAAUUCUGAGAAUGAGCUUGCAAUGCUAGAUCUCAUGCAAGUUUUCGUGGAGACAUUGGACAAGUGUUUCAGUAAUGUGUGUGAGCUUGACAUAGUGUUCAAUUUUAACAAGGUGCAUACAAUUUUAGAUGAGAUCAUAUUAGGUGGCCAAGUGCUUGAGACAAGUUCUUCAGACGUCGUGAUGGCGGUUGAAGACAUAUCAAAGCUGGAAAAGAAUUCAAAUUCAAUUAUUCCAUCUAUUCCUGGUUGGCAGGGUCGAUAGCAGCAGAACGCAUGUAACUUCUUUGAUUUUAACAAAGUUAUGUUAAGUAAAGCGAUUGAGACCUCUUUUGCCAUCUAUCUCAAUCCCAGCAUCAUCUCAACAGUACUCGGAAGAUAUAUUUGACAUCUACUUUCUGUGAAUGCUGAUUUAUGGUUUUCUUUAACAAGCAAUAUUUCAUAUCGCGGGGCAUGUCCCUGCAAUAGAACAACAUUGUUGAGUGAGACAUUCCUUGAAUGAGAUGAUUCCAUCUUUAUUCUUUCA